CCUACUCUUUCUUUCUUUCUUUCUUUCUUCUUCCCCUCGAUUCCACUGAGUUCUUCGUCCGCCAUUGAAACCUAAGCUUAUUGAAACCCCUUGCUGUUUCGUCCGCCAUUGUUGCUUCGUCUUCAAUUGUUUUCGCCAUUGCUGGCCACGGAUUGAGCUUAAUAUUGUCUAUCUCGAAGUGGAUUUAGGACAGCGCAGCGAUUGUUAUAAAGCUAUGCUUUUGUCGAAUUCUCAGGUUGGAAAAUUUUCUUCACAGCAUCAGCAUAGCUAAAGCGUGAACAGAAAGCUGUGAGAUUUCAUUAAUCCCUUUACAAUUUCUCAUUCGUAUCAUUAGCUAACUUGAGAAGGGGUCAUGGUGUGGUGUAACCAUUGUGCGAAGAAUGUUCCCGGAAUUCGCCCCUUCGACGGUGGUUUGUAAGGCAUGUGAUUUAUGUGGGAGGAUUUUGGAAAACUUCAAUUUUUCGACUGAUGUUACAUUCGUUAAGAAUGCUGCUGGACAGAGCCAAGCGUCAGGUAACAUAGUGAAGAGUGUUGAAAGUGGGAGUUCGAGCUCACGCGAAAGAAGAUUGGGAAUAGCUACAUAUGAGUUAAGGAAUUUGAAAGAUGCCUUGGGAAUUGGUGAUGAGAAAGAAGAUGUGGUUAGAAUGGCUGCCAAAAUCUUUGAAAUGGCAAUUGAUCAAAACUUCACUAAAGGGCGCAGAACUGAACUUGUACUGUCUUCCUGUCUCUACUUGACUUGCAGGGAAAAGAAAAUUCCGUUACUUCUUAUUGAUUUUUCAAGCUACCUUCGAGUUAGCGUUUACGAGCUAGGUUCUGUGUACUUGCAACUCUGUGAACUGUUGUACCUUGUGGAAAACAACAACUAUGAGGAGCUUGUUGAUCCUUCAAUUUUUAUUCUUCGAUUCGUAAACAGUUUAUUGAAGGGUGUAGACAAACAAAGGAAAGGAGAGUUUGAGAAAACGGUUAGAAGCAUUAUAUCUAGUAUGAAGAGAGAUUGGAUGCAGACCGGCCGGAAACCAAGUGGAAUAUGUGGAGCAGCAAUUUACAUAGCUGCACUUUCUCAUGGUAUCAUGUGCUCUAGAGCAGAUAUUGCAAAAAUGGUGCAUAUGUGUGAAGCAACAAUAACCAAAAGGUUGAAUGAAUUUGCUAAUACCGAGGCUGCAAGUUUAACUGUUUUUAAGCUUGAAGAAAGCGAAAAGAUAUUGGUUGAUGAAAGGGAAAAGAUAUUGCGUGAAAACCCUAUUACCUCAAAACCAAACUCUGAUAAAGGAGUAGUGAACUGUAAACAUAAAGAUUUAGAACCUUUUGCUUAUGGAUUAUGUAAGAGCUGUCACGAUAAGUUCAUUAUAAUUUCUGGUGGAGUUGUUGGUGGGUCGGAUCCUCCUGCUUUCCAGCGAGCAGAGAAAGAGAGAAUGGAAAAAGCAGCUAAAGAAGACAACGAGGGAGGAGGAAUUGAGAAAAGUGAAGGAGAAACAGAUUGGGAUGCUGAAGCUUCGGAUGAAUCAGGCAAUCUUUCUGACCUCGAUGGUGAUGCUGAGGUGGAUGGCUGUUUUCUCAACGAGGACGAAAUGAUCAUGACGAAGAUCUCAUGGGAGUUAGAAAACAGACCAUAUCUUGAGGAGCAAGCAGCUAAGGAAGCAGCUCUGAAGAAGGCUAGUGAAGCUUUCAAUGCUAAUUGCCCAGAAUACGCAAGAAAUCUUGUUGAAACUUCUAAAGCAUCUGUGAUACAAUCUAGAAAGGAAAAGCGUCAAAAACGUGCUGAGGAAGCAAGGAACGCGCCUCCACCAGCUACAGCCAUGGAAGCAGUUUGCAGAACACUUGAGAGGAAGAAACUUAGUAGGUGUAUCAACUACGGUGCUUUGGAUGAACUCUUUGGUACUUCUCCAUCUGAGAAGUCACCGAAGAAAUCGAGAACCGAGACAGUUACAGAGAAGAAGAGGGAAGAGAAGGAAGACCAUGAGAUUGUUGAAGAUGAAGAAGAUGAAGAAGACUACGCAGCACCAUAUGAGAUGAACGCAGAUGAGAAAUUCUAUGAAGACGAAGUGGAAGAGGAAGAGGAUGGUUAUGAUUUUGGAUUGUACUAAUGCUAACUUCAUGUCUGUCGCGUAAAAAACAGAAAUGAACCAUUAAAGGAACUCUCAUAAAGACAAGUGAAACAGAAGUUUUGGGAUUUUGGAGUGAAGAGAGAAGACAAACGAAUUCUCAGAAUGUGUGAAUUGUUUUUGCUAUAGAGAGGAUAUAAGAAUGUAAAUGUUGGGUGUCUCAUCAUAGAAGCUUGGAAACAAAAGUUGGAAACUGGUCUUUUGUUCUGCUCUACCAAUAAGUAUCUCUCUAUAUGAGUUUUCCAAUCUCA